UAUUACGGAUUCGUUUGAUGAGUUGUGUCCUAGCGCCAUCUCCAUAUUUUUUUCAAAGACCCCUUUGGAUACAGCCCGGCGGGGAAAGGGUUAAGGAGCGGGGGGUCCAGAUGCCUCCUCUCCUGCUCGCUAUGACGAACAAAUGAACUCCCGGGGAAUGAAAUUUAAAUUCCACAAAGGAGAAAAAGUCCUAUGUUUCGAACCUGACCCUACGAAGGCUAAAGUACUCUAUGAUGCAAAGGUCGUCGAUGUUGUAAUUGGCAAAGAUGAACGUGGAAAGCGAGUCCCAGAAUACCUGAUUCACUUCAAUGGUUGGAACAGAAGUUGGGAUCGAUUGGCAGCAGAGGACCAUGUGCUCAGGGAAACUGACGAAAAUCGCAAAUUACAACGUAAACUGGCUCGUAAAGCUGUGGCUCGCAUGAGGAGAAAGGGAUGGGGGAAGAGACGUCGUCGUCUACCCGGUGUUGAGUCAGCUCUGAAGACACUUCCUGAAGAGAAGGAAGAGAGUGAUGACGCAUGUUUGAUUACGUCUUCAGACAACAGUGACGAGGACGAUUCCGAGGAUCCUGAAUCUUUGAAAAGUGAGGAGAGCGACUCUUCCGAAGAUUUGGACAAAAUGCAGGAAGAGCAGGAAGCUCACGCUAAGAUGGAGAGUGAGGACAAGACCAUCAACAUAGACAUCCCUGAGGUUCUCAAGAAGAAACUGGAGGAUGACUGCUACUACAUCAACAAGAGGAAGAAGUUGGUGAAGCUUCCGUGCCAGAUGAACAUAUUGAACAUCUUGGAAUCAUACGUGAAGCACUUUGCCUUCAACGCAGCCUUCUCUGCCAAUGAGAGGUACAGAAGUCACCAGAGCACCGCUCAGACCAGCCUCAGUCCUCACUAUGUUCCUCCAGAGAAGAAUGAGGAGCUUUGCAAGGAGAUGGUGGACGGCCUGAGAAUCACCUUCGACUUCACCCUUCCCAUGAUCCUCCUGUACCCCAACGAGCACGCUCAGUUCAAGAAAGUCAGCUCCUCAAAGUUCUUCCUGCCUAUCCGGGACAACACAGCCAGCUCCAGCAAGACCCUGCGUGAGCGCACCCCCAGCCCCUCUGGCCACAACCCCUCCACCCCCCAGUCCACGGACAGUCAACCGGCCCUGAGCGAGGCCUCCACAACCACGGCAAACCCCACCACCACCACGCCCAAACGCCGGCGCUGUGCCUCCACGGCCGACCCUGACGCCCCCCAGUCCCUGCGGCGCUCCACACGUCACACCUCGGGGGGUGAGCGGAUGGCGGGCGAGGGGGGCAGCGGCAGCGCUACAACCUCACCCCAGCCCAAACGCCGCCUUGCCAGCCUCGACACGCCUGCCCAGCUGCCCAAAUUCUUCCUCAAUCUAGAGAAGAAAACCCCUGUCCACAGUGGCUCGUCCUCUCCGUUGCCCCAGACGCCCAGCAAGGAGGACAGCGGCGUCUUCUCUGGCCUGGAGAGCCGACGGAACAACGAGCUCAAUGAGGUCCUGAGCUGGAAGCUGACCCCUGAUAACUACCCCCAGAGUGACCAGCCUCCCCCACCCUCCUACCUGUACGGUUCACAACACCUCCUACGCCUCUUCGUGAAGCUGCCAGAGAUCCUGGGGAAGAUGCAAAUCCCAGAGAAGAACCUAAGGGCCCUGGUCAAACACCUGGAGCUCUUCCUCAGUUUCCCCUCCAGCCACCUCUCUGCGCUGUUGUACACUGAGGGACUUAUGACUCCUUUCUUCUCACAGCUGGGUUUUUGGCUGAGUUCCACGAGGACUUUUUUCCGGAGUCGGCGUACGUGUCGUCAUCGGAGGCCCACUACUGCAUGAAGCACCCGCGGGCCGUUUACUGAGGCCGUUUAUCUCACCCUGCCCUGCCUCGCCCUGAACUGCACUGCUGGGAGGGGAGCUCCAAGCUGCUUCCCAAACCAUCCCUUUCUUUCACUUCUUCUCUGAGACUGCGCCAUUAUCCCUCUCCCUCUCUCUGUUCACCCCUUGCCCUCCUAAAUCCAACCCAUGCAGCUAAGUAAGGCAAGGGUCUUGGCGUCUGAUCGACCCAGUACCUCACUCUCCCCAGCCCCAAACCUGGCAGCCUGGCCUAGGAACAGACCCCCCUGGAUGCAAUGAUUACCUAAAGCACGGACGUCUACUUGUUAUCCUAGGCUGUAGACCGUAACCCCCUGCUGGGGUCUUUGCCACGAUGCUGACUUUGUCUUGCUUUCUCUCGCUCUGCGCUCAAGGACCACGUUUGGCCAUCUCUUUCUCUAGCAGCAUCUGCAUCCGAUCCUUCUCUCUCCGUCCGCCUAGGCAAGCAAACACAGGGAGAAGGGCUAUUUGUUAUGUUCGCUUUAUGUGUGACUAUUGGCUUCUCCUCGGCUCACCAUGCUUGCUGCCCCAAGCCACGCUUCAGUGUGUGUUAAGUUAUUUCUAAACUCUUGUAGAAUGUCAUUACUCUCGUAAUGUCUACUAUCUGUGUUCCUCUUUCUUAGAGGGGCUGGUGACGUUAUGACCACUGUGUGUUCAUAUUGAUAUUCGUCAUGGCAUUAACCCCAAUGUUUGAAAAAGGUAUUGAAUUUCAUUGAUGUAUAAAUUCCUUUUCUGUGCUUGUUUUUUAGUUUUUUAUACACUGUUAACUUGUAGACUCGAACAGGAACACACUGUGGAGGUGGAAAUGUAAGAAGAUCAACUUUCAGUCUGUUUUCCAUUAGUCUUAUCUGAAAUAAAAGUUGGAGCAAUAUUUUUGGCAUGUGGUUUAUGAAUAUUGCUGUAGUGUUCGUGCAAGGCGCGUUAUAUGGCAGCACAAUAUAAACAGAUAAUUGACACUUGAGCCAAACUGCGCUAUGUUUAUCAUGAAUGCAAUCCCUGCGAAUGUUGCCUUUUCAAACGGCGUUGUCAGCUGUAUAGAUCGCUGUGCUAUAAUGCACUGUGCAUUUAAUCCUGGCCCUUUUCUCUGCUGUUCUUCUCUCCUUCAAGUUGAGUCCUUUUUCCUUAAGGAAACAUUAUUCACACUAUAAAGGUUGUUCUAAACUACAGCAAGGUACAAGAGCAGAUUGUUGGGUUUAUCCUCAGGGUGAAUCGGCUACGGUUUGAGAUUGAACAGGGCCUUUGGUCUCAGAGGUGUGAUAUCAGAGAUUUGAGAAGGGCAGCCCAGGGGAGGGAGCCUGGACCAAAGCCAGUGUUCUUCAGAGGAUGACGUCAGCCUCCUUUGAUGUGCACACAGCGUUUUGGGUUGUGCCCCGUCUGUCAGUCGCUGGAUAUUGGUGCCCUUAGACCAGGGAUCAUCAACUAGGUUCAGCGGAAGCACAAACAGAUCUAAUAUUUGUCUGAAAUAUAAUCAUUUCAACCCUUACUUACUGUGUAUGUGAUUGUAUACAAAUGUAUGUAUGUAUGUUAUGAGUGGGAAUAGUUUGGAACAGAUUUGAAAUAAAAUAACUUGAAGCUGA